ACGUCGACGUCACCGGCGUCAUCCGGACUCCCGGAAGCGUUACUGGAUGUAACAUGUUUCACUGAAGUUAUUGGUGUUAGUGUCAAAACUGAAUCAAGUUAAGUAAUAAAAUUACCCGAGUGAAGCUACACUGGGUGUAACAUCUUCAAGAUGAGUGGGAGUGAAAAAGAAAAGGACCAUGCAGCGCUAAAGGAGGAGGGGAACAGCCUUUUUAAAGCGGGGGACAUGCAAGGCGCCAUCAGCUGUUACACCAAAGCACUGAAGCUGAGUGACAACCAAGGAGACAGUGCUGUUCUGCACCGUAACCGCUCUGCCUGCUACCUGAAGCUGGAGGAAUACAACAAGGCAGAGGGCGAUGCCUCCAAAGCUCUCGAUGUUGAUCCAGGUGAUGUGAAGGCCAGGUUUCGUAGGGCUCAGGCAUUUCAAAAGCUGGGCCGUCUUGACCAGGCCUUUAUGGAUGCUCAGAGGUGUGCCCAGCUGGAACCCAGGAAUAAAGCCUUCCAGGACCUGCUCAGACAGCUGGGAGCACACAUCCAGCAGAAGUCAGCACAGUUAAACUCCACAGAUGCUCGUGUGCAGCAAAUGUUUUCGCUCCUCUUAGAUGCAUCUGCAAAAGACUCUGAUCGACAGAAGGCUGCUCAAAAUCUAGUGGUGUUAUCUCGAGAAGACGCGGGAGCUGAGCAGAUUUUCCGUAAUGAUGGAGUGAAGUUAAUUCAAAAGCUUCUUCAGUCAAAGCAGGAGGAGGUCGUCCUCUCUGCUCUCAGAACACUGGUUGGUUUGUGCACAGGACAUCAAUCUAGAACUAUGGCUAUAGUAAAUGAGUUGGGAAUGGAGCAGCUGUGUGCCGUAAUGGGAUCAGGAGCCUCCAUUGUGUCUCUGGCUGCCUGCCACCUGCUGCAGGUGAUGUUUGAGGCUCUGACAGAGGGCAUGAAAAAGGAGAUCAGAGGGAAAGAGGAGGCUAUACUUCCUGAACCGUCCAAGGAGCUUCGUUCAAUGUUGCGCCACCUUUUGGAAAUGAUGCCAGCAUCUAAUGUGUCAGGCCCAGGCAGAGACAGCGCCAUCAACCUCCUGGUUAAGCAAGUACCACGCAAGUCCCUGAAGAAUCCUGACAACUCCCUCACAUUAUGGACGAUAGACCACGGAUUGAAGAAGAUCCUGGAGGUGGCUGGUACAGUACCUGAGCUCUCAGAAGGACCACCACUUACAGACAACUCUCACAUGAGCUGUUCAGUCCUGCUUAGCAAACUCUUUGAUGACCUAAAGAGUGACAAAGAGAGAGACAACUUCAUAAAACUCUGUGAAGAAUAUGUUCAGCAGCAUUUUAGCUGUGCUGGCCUGAACGCGAAGCUGCGAGCAAUCCAGACAGUGUCUGUGCUCCUCCAAGGGCCAAGUGAUGCAGGUAACAGAACAUUGGAGAUGUCAGGAAUGAUGGACGCAGUGAUCUCUCUGUGCGCCUCAGAAGACGUAACUCAGCAGCAGGUAGCGGUGGAGGCUCUUAUCCAUGCUGCGGGAAAAGCAAAGAGAGCCUCUUUCAUCACCGCUAAUGGCGUGUCACUUCUGAAGGACCUCUACAAGAACAGCGAGAAUGACAGGAUACGCGUCAGAGCCCUGGUGGGUUUGUGCAAGCUUGGAUCUGCAGGAGGGACAGAUUUCAGCAUGAAGCAGUUUGCAGAGGGAUCCACACUGAAGCUUGCCAAGCAGUGCAGGAAGUGGCUGUGCAAUGAAUCUCUGCCUCUAACUUCCCGCCGAUGGUCUGUGGAAGGCCUCGCCUACCUCACAUUUGAUGCGGAUGUGAAAGAGGACGUGGUGGAAGACAAGAACGCUCUCCUGGCAAUGUUUGACCUCGCAAAGUCUGAGGAUAAGACGGUGCUCUUUGCUUUGGGCUCCACAUUAGUGAACUGUACCAACAGUUAUGAAGUGGAGAAGCCUGACCCUCAGCUGGUGGAGCUGGCCAAGUAUGCAAAGCAGCACAUUCCAGAGGAGCACCCCAAGGAUGCACCUUCCUUUGUGGAGAAAAGGCUGGUGAAGCUGUUGGAGGCUGGUGUGGUGUCUGCCUUGGUUUGUAUGGUCAAGCAGGAGAGUCCAGCUCUCACUGAGGCUUGCAGGGAGUGCAUCGCCAGGGUGUUCCUUGCUUUGGUGGAACGACAGGAAGACAGAGGCACAGUGGUGGCACAGGGUGGAGGAAAGGCUCUGAUCCCACUGGCCUCAGACAACACAGAUGCAGGAAAAAUCAAAGCAGCCCAAGCCCUGGCAAAGAUAACAAUCACAUCUAACCCAGAGAUUGCUUUUCCAGGAGAAAGGAUCUAUGAAGUCGUGCGCCCACUUGUUAGUCUUUUGAGUCUGGAGUGCACCCUGCUUCAGAACUUUGAGGCACUCAUGGCACUUACCAAUCUGGCUGGCAUCAGUGACAGACUCAGACAAAAGAUCAUAAAAGAAAAAGCGCUUCCAAAAAUCGAAGGCUACAUGUUUGAGGAACAUGACCUAGUUCGAGCAUCUGCCACAGAAUGCAUGUGUAAUUUAGUAUUAAAUGCAGAGGUACAGAAGCUGUAUUUGGCCACUGGGAAUGAUCGCCUGAAGCUUCUGGUGCUCUACAGUGGUGAGGAGGAUGAAAGACUGCGGAAAGCAGCAGCAGGAACCCUGGCCAUGCUGACGGCUGAGCAGCCUGAGCUUUGUGCCCGCAUCCCCGGAACAACAACACACUGGCUAGAGAUUAUACAGGCGCUGCUGCUAAGUGAAAUAUCAGACCUUCGUUAUCGUGGAGUGGUUAUUGUUCAGAACAUGAUGCAGGCAGAGAAGAGCCUUGCUGAGACCCUCAUGGAAAGUGAAGCUUUGGAGAUCCUGUCUGUACUGGCGAAGGGAGGAGAGGGCAAGCCAGAGCCCAUCUCCAAGGCAGCUCAGAACUGCCUGGAUAAGGCUGUGGAGUACGGCAUCAUCAGGAGCAGUGAAGAGAAGGAAAAGCACAAAGGAAAUGAGCCCUGAAAACACAACUGCAGUGCGUGUAUGGGUCAAGAAUUAUGUGGGACCAGUGAAGGGUAUUGCAGGAAAUCAAAAUGGUCUGACUGUGAUGUGACCCUUAAUGGCUGAUGUGUCUUAACCAAAAGCCUAAAAGCAAUAUUUAACUGCUGAAAAGGUAUUAACCACGUGGUCUUAUAGAACAGCUAUUUCACAAGCCGACUGUAAACAUCUGGUCAUUCCUUACUGAAGUUUCUUAAGACACACAUUUCACUGUUGACACUACUUUUUAUUUUUUUUAAUUGUAUGUUUGAUUUACAAAAAGCACAUUUCAUUCAUUCGCCUAAAUGUGUGGCGAAUAUAUAUAAAAUGUUUCACUUUA